AUGGAGCUCAGCGUGCUCCUUCUCUUUGCUCUGCUCACCGGACUCUUGAUCCUCCUGGCCAGAGGCCGCCCAAAGGCCCGUGGCCACCUCCCGCCUGGCCCCUAUCCUCUGCCCUUCCUGGGGAACCUACUGCAGAUGGACAGAAAAGGCCUGCUCAAAUCCUUCCUGAGGUUCCAACAGAAAUAUGGGGAUGUCUUCACGGUGUACCUGGGGCCAAGGCCAGUGGUUGUAAUAUGUGGGACAGAGGCCAUUCGGGAGGCCCUGGUGGACCAGGCCGAGGUCUUCUCUGGCCGAGCGAAGAUCGCUGUUGUUGACCCAGUUUUCCAAGAACACGGUGUUGUCUUUGCCAAUGGGGAACGUUGGAAGGCCCUUCGGCGAUUCUCUCUGGCCACCAUGAGGGACUUCGGGAUGGGAAAGCGGAGCGUGGAGGAGCGGAUUCAGGAGGAGGCUCAGUGUCUGGUGGAGGAGCUGCGGAAAUCCCAGGGCGCCCUCCAGGAUCCCCUCUUCUACUUCCACUCCAUCACCGCCAACAUCAUCUGCUCCAUUGUCUUCGGAAAACGCUUUGACUACAGAGAUCCUCAGUUCCUGAGGCUGCUGGAGUUGUUAUUCAAAUCUUUCGUGCUCAUCAGCUCCUUGCCCAGCCAGCUGUUCGAGCUCUACUCCAGCUUCUUGAAGUACUUUCCUGGCUCACACAGGCAAAUCUACAAAAACCUGCAGGAAGUCAACGUCUUCAUUGACCGCAGUGUGGAGAAGCACCGUGAGACCCUCGACCCCAGUGCCCCCCGGGAUUUCAUUGACUGCUACCUGCUCCGCAUGGAAAAAGACAAGUCCGACCCCCGCAGCCAGUUCGAUCAUCGGAACCUCAUCAUUUCUGUUCUGUCGCUGUUCUUUGCCGGCACGGAGACCACCAGCACCACGCUUCGCUAUGGGUUCCUGCUCAUGCUCAAAUACCCCCACAUUGCAGAGAGAGUCCACAAGGAGAUUGACCGGGUGAUUGGCUCAGAUCGCCCUCCAGCCCUGGAUGACAGAGCCCAAAUGCCAUACACGGAUGCAGUCAUCCAUGAGAUUCAGAGAUUUGCGGACCUUCUCCCCAUUGGUGUGCCCCACAUGGUCACUAAAGACACUCAUUUCCGAGGGUACAUCCUCCCCAAGGGCACAGAAGUCUAUCCCAUCCUGAGCUCUGCUCUCCACGACUCGCGUUACUUUGAGAAACCAGAUGACUUCAACCCUGACCGCUUUCUGGAUGCCAAUGGGGCAGUGAAGAAAAAUGAUGCUUUUAUGCCCUUCUCCAUAGGGAAGCGUAUCUGUCUUGGCGAAGGCAUCGCCCGCACCGAAUUAUUCGUCUUCUUCACCACCAUCCUCCAGAACUUCUCCGUGGCCAGCCCCGUGGCCCCUGAGGACAUUGACCUUACUCCCCAGGAGAGUGGGGUGGGCAACGUGCCCCCAAACUACCAGAUCCAGUUCCUGCCCCGUCAAAGGGGCUGA